GAAUUAAAUCAUGACAUUCAAAAAAAUGAUAUCAAUACAAUAGAUGAAGCAAAAGGAUAUUCCAAUUAUUAUGGAGGAGUCCUUAAACCAGAAGAAAAGGCUAUCUUUGAUAGUAAUCUUUUAAACCCAAAUGACAUUUUGGAUAAAACACUCCUUCAAGAUACUGCUCAGUUAUUAAAUAAUUGUAGAGAAGGUAAAGAAAAAGUAAAAGUUGAAAAGAUGGGUUUAAGUUCAGAAAGUCAUAAUUUAUUGGCUUCCAUCUUAAAAGAGCAAAAAGCUGAAUCUAUUCCUUAUCAAGUUGUUAAUAAUCUAAAUGACAAUAAACCAGUUGAUAAGGUUGUUAGAAAAAGGGAAAAAAUAGAUAAAGAAAUUAAAGAGUUAAAAAAGAAAUAUAAUGAUUCACUAGAAAAAAAACAAACUGUUUUAGAAACUAAGGUUAAUGCAGCAGUUGCUACUUUAAAAAAUGAUCUUAGAACUGUUAGUGCAGGUGGUCGCAGGUUUUUUGAAGAAACAAUUAAGAGUAAUAAAAUUGUUUCAGAAGAAAAAUAUAAAUCUGAUACCCCUGCUAUUCCUGAUGAAACUUAUGGUUCAGUGAUUAAAACUAAUAUUAAUGCUAGCAGCAAUGGUAAAUCUUAUACUAACGCUGUUUAUUUAAACUUAAAAUUAAAACUUUUUGGCUUUGGUAAUAAAAGUACAAUGACUGGUGUAAGUAAUGAGAAAUAUGUCAAAGAAAAUAUGGAAACUCAUCGAUAUAUGAGUGACAUUUUCUAUGUCAUGCAUGCUCUCUUUCCUAAAGAUAGUAAUUACUCAAAUAGUCCUUUUAUACAAAAAGGUGAGGAUGCUAGUAUUAUUGGAAAGAAUUAUGUUACUUCUCCUGGUGGUAGUGUUAUUUAUAAUAAUGAUAAAGCCAUUGAUUUUAGUGCCUGUCAUACAGUAUUAAGUUCUGAUGCAGUUAAUGAUGAAAUAAUUCAAGAUGAAAUAUCUGUUUAUGAGAAUAAAAUUCGUCUUAAAUAUUCUUCACUUGCCAAUAGUAGUAUUUUAGUUGAUAAAUAUGAAAAAUAUGUUGAAAAUUUACUCAAAGGUUUAACAAAGGCAGGUACUACUACUCCUAUCUUUCAAAAAGGAGAAUUAGAAAGUCUUCAAGAGACAUAUCCAGAAAAUGAAGUAGUUGACAAAUUUGAUGAUGAUGUGACAAAUGAAAAUACCAAAUUAGAUGUGGAGGAAAUUGCUAAUCAAGAUGAUGGCAAAUUCUUUAAUGAUGAAGUUAUAAAAAAUUAUUUGCAAAGUAUAAAAGAUUCUUUGGAAUCAGUAGGGCAGGGAUUAGAUCCAGUGAAACAAAAUGAGUUAGAUCAACUUACUUACUAUAUUGAGAAUAGUGAAGUUCCUCCUCCUAAAAGGAGAAUUCUUCCAAUAGAACUAAAAGGAGUUUUAGGAGUCAAAACUAAUGUGUUUAACCCUGAAAUAGUGGUAGAGACUAUUGCUUUACAGGAAUUAAAAGCAGAUAGUAAUCUUAAAGUUGGCAUUCUUAAUGAAAUGAAAAAGUUUAAAGAGGAUCAAAAAGGACUGAUUAGAUUAGAUCUAUCCGUAUAUGAAAAUGGAGAAGAGUUUAGUGAAGAAGGAAUCAUUAAAUACUAUGCUGAAAAGUUAGGAGGGCAAGAUCAUGUCAAGAAGAAGUAUGAAAAGCUUUUUAAAAAUCAGCAACAAGAAGUGUUCUGA